AGGCGGGCCUGGGCGGCGGGGCGUGUGCGUAUUUCCGGCUCCGCUGCGGAAGGCCGAGGACUAGAGCGGUUGGACCGGACGCGACCCUAAGGACCGGAGAGCGCGGGACGCGUGUGCGGAGCUCAGAUUUCGGAGCGUAGCUAGCGGCCGGCACGAUGGGCGGAGAGCAGGAGGAGGAUCGGUUCGACGGCAUGUUGCUGGCCAUGGCGCAGCAGCACGAGGGCGGCGUGCAGGAGCUCGUGAACACUUUCUUCAGCUUCCUUCGACGCAAAACGGACUUUUUCGUUGGAGGAGAAGAGGGGAUGGCAGAGAAGCUUAUCACACAGACCUUCAACCACCACAACCAGCUGGCACAGAAGGCCAGGCGGGAGAAGAGAGCUCGGCAGGAGACUGAGCGGCGGGAGAAAGCGGAGCGGGCAGCCAGGCUGGCCAAGGAGGCCAAGUCAGAGACCUCUGGGCCCCAGAUCAAGGAACUGACUGAUGAGGAGGCCGAGAGGCUGCAGCUGGAAAUUGACCAAAAAAAGGAUGCAGAGAAUCAUGAAGCCCAGCUCAAGAAUGGCAGUCUCGGCUCACCAGGGAAGCAGGAGGCUGAGGAGGAGGAGGAGGAGGACGAGAAGGACAAAGGGAAGCUGAAGCCCAAUUUCGGCAAUGGGGCGGACCUGCCCAAUUACCGCUGGACCCAGACCCUGUCGGAGCUGGACCUGGCAGUGCCCUUCCACGUGAACUUCCGGCUGAAGGGGAAGGACGUGGUGGUGGACAUCCAGCGGAGGCGCCUCCGGGUGGGGCUCAAGGGGCAGCCGGCGAUCGUGGACGGGGACCUUUACAACGAGGUGAAGGUGGAGGAGAGCUCGUGGCUCAUCGAGGACGGCAAGGUGGUGACGGUGCAUCUGGAGAAGAUCAACAAGAUGGAGUGGUGGAGCCGCUUGGUGUCCAGUGACCCUGAGAUCAAUACCAAGAAGAUCAACCCUGAGAACUCCAAGCUGUCAGACCUGGACAGUGAGACCCGCAGCAUGGUGGAGAAGAUGAUGUACGACCAGAGACAGAAGUCCAUGGGGCUGCCCACCUCAGAUGAGCAGAAGAAACAGGAGAUUCUGAAGAAGUUCAUGGAUCAGCAUCCAGAGAUGGAUUUUUCCAAGGCCAAAUUCAACUAGCCCCUGUGUUGGCCCCCCUGAACCCUUGGGGCUGAGCUCCCAGCUACCCACCUUCCUUUCCCACCCUUCCCUGGGACUUGUGGGCCUCAGGGCUGGGGCAGGCAUGGGGCUGGCCCACACACAGGUCUGAGGGCAUCAUGGGAGAAGGGCUGGGGCCUCAGGGGUGUCUUGUCCUCCCAUUUGGCCUGCUGUUACACAUUAAAACUAUUUACCCAAUUC